CCAUAGAGUACCGUCUGUCUAUGGUACCGAUAUGUAAUGUUCAAUACCAACAUAAUAAUUGAAAACAUAACCUAAAAAUCUUAAAUAACGAAGAUUUUGCAUGUAUUGUAAACAAUUACUUUAAUUUAAUUUUACGAUAUUAUAGUUAUGGAAAACAUGUCAAUAAUUAACCCACCAAUCUAUACAAAAGACAUCAAUAAUUAUUCUGUCUUAACUUUGACGUCUAUUUUCGCGGUCGCUGAACGUUGAAUCUUAUAUAGAAACGUACUGAAUCCUGUUGACGUUUACACUUUUGGUUUAAAAUAUUUUCAAGAGAGUACUAUCAAUUUCUUAUAAGUACCUAUCACGGAAGAGACAGCGUAGAUGUGCCAGAAUGACCUCAGACCUGUGUGCGGAUGAUGUAGUUGUGCGCAUUACUACUCCACAGAUAAUUACUUCGCAGACGGUGGUGGCGAGCGGCGCGGGCGGCGCCGGGGCGCGCGUGGCCGCCUCCGCCGCCGUGGAGCUGGGGCGGCGACUGCUGGUGGCGGCGCGCGCCGGGGACACGCAGCUGGUGCUGGACCUGAUGGCCAAGGGCGCGCCCUUCACGACGGACUGGGUAAGUGCGGGCCGCGGGCGGGGCGGGCUGGCGCGCGACGCCGGCCGGCCCCUACAAGCGCGCUGCGCAGCUGGGCACGUCGGCGCUGCACCUGGCGGCGGGCGGCGCGCACGCGGCCACGUGCGCCGUGCUGCUGCGCGCCGGCGUGUCGCGCGACGCGCGCACCAAGGUGGAGCGCACGCCGCUGCACGCCGCGGCGGGCGCGGGCCACGCCGCCGUGGCGCGCCUGCUGCUGGACGCGGGCGCGGCGGCCGACGCGCGCGACAUGCUGCGCAUGACGCCGCUGCACUGGGCGGUGCAGAACGGGCACGCGGCGGCCGCGGCCGAGCUGCUGCGCGCGGGCGCGGACCCGACGCUGCGCAACAAGUUCCGCAAGUCGCCGCUGGAGCUGGCGCGCCGCCUGCGCCGCGCCGACCUCGUGCGUCUGCUGGAGGACGCGCUGCGCCAGCGCGAGGCGGCGCGCUCCGUCUCGGCGCUGGUCGACGGUAUCCAUACUAUUUUCUCUCCUACUUACCAUUUUUUGUUUGUUUGCUUUUAACGACACAAUUUCACAUACACAUGACAUUCACACCCAGAACAUAAAGUGGAUCACACAAGGGUUGUUCCGUGCGGGAAUCCAAUCCUCGACACGUUACGCGGCAGCUAGUUGCCCAGUUACAGCGCCAAUCGUGUAGUCAAAGCCAUUAUAUUAAAUAUGGAAUGUUUACCAAUCAACUUACCAUUCCGAUAAGUUGUUUUUAUACACUACUAAAGAGACACUACUCUCACGCGAUUUUCCGCUGCCCGACUCUAUUUGAUUAUAGUGUGAUGUUACUCAGGAACACUGUAGCUAUCUAUCAGUGAAAGAAUUUUGGUAAUUCGACCAGCGGAUCCAAAGAUUUCCUACAUACAAACUUACAAAUUUUACCUCUUCAUAAUAAUAUAUUAGUAUAAGUAGAUAAUGAUCGAUCUUCCUUACAGAACAAAUGGCAGAAGUAUCCACCGAAGAACCUGAGAUACAAACAUUUGACGCGGUACAAAGUGAGUCAGACCCUGCUGUCGGUAGCUAAUAGAUACCUAAUCAAUGAUGCCUGUUUAUAAAUAUAAUUUGCAACCAUUACAAUAUUGUAGGAAUCCAAGAUAUGAAACAAUUGAGGUCAAAGCAGACUGAAAAGACAGUAAAAGAAGAAUCCAAAAUGGAGGGCGCGGCACGGGGAGUCGAGGGCGCGGGGCGCGCGGAUAGCGAGGAGGCUGGCGGUACCAGCAACACUAGCGGCACCAGCGGCGCCAGCGGCACCAGCGGCACCAGCGGCGCCAGCGGGGCGGGCGAGCUCCUGCGGCGGCACGGCAUCACGCUGCUGCCGGCGGAGGCGGGCGGCGCCACCGUGCUGGCCGCGCUGCAGUGCGGCCGCACCGUCGUGCUCUCCGGUACCUCACUACUGCAUCUACUCACACUCCUUCUCACUCCCACCCUUGCAUCCAAUGGCACGGCAUCACGCUGCUGCCGGCGGAGGCGGGCGGCGCCACCGUGCUGGCCGCGCUGCAGUGCGGCCGCACCGUCGUGCUCUCCGGUACCUCACUACUGCAUCUACUCACACUCCUUCUCACUCCCACCCUUGCAUCCAAUGGCACGGCAUCACGCUGCUGCCGGCGGAGGCGGGCGGCGCCACCGUGCUGGCCGCGCUGCAGUGCGGCCGCACCGUCGUGCUCUCCGGUACCUCACUACUGCAUCUACUCACACUCCUUCUCACUCCCACCCUUGCAUCCAAUGGCACGGCAUCACGCUGCUGCCGGCGGAGGCGGGCGGCGCCACCGUGCUGGCCGCGCUGCAGUGCGGCCGCACCGUCGUGCUCUCCGGUACCUCACUACUGCAUCUACUCACACUCCUUCUCACUCCCACCCUUGCAUCCAAUGGCACGGCAUCACGCUGCUGCCGGCGGAGGCGGGCGGCGCCACCGUGCUGGCCGCGCUGCAGUGCGGCCGCACCGUCGUGCUCUCCGGUACCUCACUACUGCAUCUACUCACACUCCUUCUCACUCCCACCCUUGCAUCCAAUGGCACGGCAUCACGCUGCUGCCGGCGGAGGCGGGCGGCGCCACCGUGCUGGCCGCGCUGCAGUGCGGCCGCACCGUCGUGCUCUCCGGUACCUCACUACUGCAUCUACUCACACUCCUUCUCACUCCCACCCUUGCAUCCAAUGGCACGGCAUCACGCUGCUGCCGGCGGAGGCGGGCGGCGCCACCGUGCUGGCCGCGCUGCAGUGCGGCCGCACCGUCGUGCUCUCCGGUACCUCACUACUGCAUCUACUCACACUCCUUCUCACUCCCACCCUUGCAUCCAAUGGCACGGCAUCACGCUGCUGCCGGCGGAGGCGGGCGGCGCCACCGUGCUGGCCGCGCUGCAGUGCGGCCGCACCGUCGUGCUCUCCGGUACCUCACUACUGCAUCUACUCACACUCCUUCUCACUCCCACCCUUGCAUCCAAUGGCACGGCAUCACGCUGCUGCCGGCGGAGGCGGGCGGCGCCACCGUGCUGGCCGCGCUGCAGUGCGGCCGCACCGUCGUGCUCUCCGGUACCUCACUACUGCAUCUACUCACACUCCUUCUCACUCCCACCCUUGCAUCCAAUGGCACGGCAUCACGCUGCUGCCGGCGGAGGCGGGCGGCGCCACCGUGCUGGCCGCGCUGCAGUGCGGCCGCACCGUCGUGCUCUCCGGUACCUCACUACUGCAUCUACUCACACUCCUUCUCACUCCCACCCUUGCAUCCAAUGGCACGGCAUCACGCUGCUGCCGGCGGAGGCGGGCGGCGCCACCGUGCUGGCCGCGCUGCAGUGCGGCCGCACCGUCGUGCUCUCCGGUACCUCACUACUGCAUCUACUCACACUCCUUCUCACUCCCACCCUUGCAUCCAAUGGCACGGCAUCACGCUGCUAGUUACGAGUGCGUUGCCGACCUUUUAGGGAUUAGGGAUUUGGAGAUUUAUGGAUUGGGGAAGGGGAAGGAUUGGGCAUCCAUUGAAAUCUUUGCUUUGCGAGCAAAUAACUUCACUAUAGGACAGACCUAUUGGUCUUUUAUUACAGACGCUGGGAAGUUGAUGUUGAAAGAGAGCAACGAGGCCCCGGCGCCGGCUCCCAGCAAGGCGGCGCCGGCCCCGACGCAACCCAAAGGGGUGGUACUCACGGCCACGCCUGUCAAGUCGCCUCCGAAACCGGGUGUGAAGAUAUUUACUCUAAACAACAAACUUGUCGCGAUGCCCAAGGACAACAAGAUACCAGUUAAAAAGAUUAUUAACCCGCAAGACAUGCAGGUGAAAUUCGUUCAAUUGCCUCCAGACGCAAAAUUAGUGUCUCCUUCGAAAAUAGUUCCAAUGAAGGCAAAAAGUAGGAUGGCAGUGCGGCAGGGCACGUCCGUGACGUCACCGGCCGCUCGGCCCGCGGUCAAGAUCAUCAUGAACAAGUCCAACUUCCACAAACUCCUCGCCACCGCCGGAGCUGCGCAGGUUGCGACGAAUGCAGGGACGGCGGCGGGCAGCGAUUUAUUAGACGGUGGGGAAGACGAAGCGACACUGUCAGAGGAAACCAUGGCGGGCGGCGCGGAGGACGCGGGCGAGGCGGGCGACGCAGGCGACGCAGGCGACGCGGGCGAUAACCCGGCGCAGUUGCGCGCGCAGCUGGCGGCGGCGACGCGCGCGCUGGCGGCGGCGCGACGCGACCUGCGGGCCGCUCGCGCGCGUCUCAAGCACUUCGAGCGCCUGCACCAAACUUUCUAGUGUACACACUACUCUGGGACCUCACUUAAGCAUACCGUGAUAACUAUGUUAUAUUAACAUAUUAUUAUUGUACACGAAUCUUGUACAUAAUUAAAAUUACCUUAAAAUAAGAUUUCGAAAUAAUCUAAGCAGUUAGUUUUUUUUUGUUCAAGUUAAUUCCCUGAGAAAAUGUAUCGUUAAACCUUUUCACCGUGUUACGUUUGCUUACCUCCAGCCCCGCGUCAUAUAUGUAAAUAAAUUGAAAUAGUGAUGGGAACACUUAACAUCGACGCAGAAAUUCUUUAUUUAAGAAAAAAAUUAAAAGCCGGAAAUAAAAUCAAUGUUUUAUUUAAAUUAAUUUAAAAUAACGACUUACUCACAUUAAUGAUUUGAGAAAAGUACAUAUAUACGUAUUUAUUAGCUGUACGCGCCGCAACGCGCACCCUGCUCCUAAAUCAGUCCCGUUGUCCCUUGAAACUAGUAGAGAUGUUCUCGGUUAAAUAAUUCAGAGAAAUGCCGAAAAGUCAAAAAUGUUUUAUUUACCUACUUAAUUAAUAAUUUAACAAUGUUCAGUCUUCAAUCGAUUAACUAAGUAUUUUAACGUCCUGUUUGGUUACCAAAUCAGUACUCGGAAGAUGGGCACGUAAUUUGAUAUUCUGACAAUUCUCCACGAGCAUGUCGUAUUAAAUUUAAUAUUUUCAUUUUAACUUCAGAGCCGAUUUUCGGUUGUACAAUUUCCAGCUCAAUCCAGUUCAAAAGCUAUUAAAGAUGAAAAGAGGAUUUCUUUUGCAUUUAGAGUAUUUUAGAGUUCCACAGAAUAACACGAAAAGGUUUACAAACACUAGUUGCAUUGAGCGAUGAAUUUUUACCCGUGAUUUCACGAUGACGGCGCUAAGGCAACUGACAAUACAGCGUGAUUUAACCUUGAAUCUCUUUGGCCGCACGUAAUAUUACGGUGACGGCGACCGGCUACUAGUGACGUUCCGCGUAAUGAAAACUAUAUUUUGUCGUAAAUUUUGUACUUAAAUAGAGUUUGUGCACUAUCAGAACUUUUUUUGUAAAAUAAUGUAAUUAUACGUGUGUGGCGAUUCGGACACAAAUUUCAGAGCCCGUAAUAUUACGGUAUCGGCGGUGAAAAGGUUAAUAACAGUUUUCAUGUGAAUAUUGUAAAGUAGACCGGUAGACCAAAUAAAGUAAAAAUGUAUUUUAAAUAUAAUUAAGGAAAUUAAAGUUCUAGUUUUGAAAAAGUGUUUAUUAAUCCGUGAAGUAAUGACAAGGCGGCUAGGGGUCGCGGCGACCGCGCGCCUGUAGUACGUCCCGGAACUGCGCGAGGAUAGCGUUCUCCCGCUUGGCGCGCUCCUCCUUGCUGAAGGCGGCGAGAGCUCGCUUCUCGUCGGCCGAGUAGAUCUGGUUCUCCUUACGGAUACGCACAGCUUCCAUGCGCCGGUGCCUGCACACAUUGAUCACUUACAACAUUUGCAAAUAGCUGUGAUAUAUAAAUACAAUAUAAACUAGUAUAUUUGUGUUGUUCAAUGCCCAGGACAUAAGUAGUUCUUUGCCGUCCACUGUUAAAGCAAUAGGUACGUUUACUACCGCCAUAGAAUAAAAAAUAGAACAGACAGAGAAAGUCCACCCGGCCCACUCAUUGAGUUUGAGCACUUGAGCACUUGUACAAGUGCGCUAGUAUGCUACGCCUUUUCUUUUUAAGUAAGUUAAUGAACAACCAAUCACAAGGGGUCUCAGAGCUACACAGUGGUGCUAUGAUCCAAAUGACAUUUAGGUCUCAGUUGACAUACUCGUAAAUACGUAGUAAGUACCAAUUAAAUCUUUGAUGAAGCAGAUGUAAAAUCAAUGGAACAUGAUGAAACGAUUAUAAAUUGACUAAGAUACCUGCUGCCGCUCAUAACAUAUCCAACAGACUCAUAGGAAGCAAUUUCAUCAGAAGUAAGUCCAAUCUCUCCCCUGCGCGGUAUCCUCUUGCCUUCCGCGACGUAGGCAGCCAUGGCUGCUCCCUCGCCGGGCAGCAAUGCUCGUCCAAAGUCUUUGUGACCUAAAGCAGGUCCCACACGAGGAGUGGGGCCAAAUGCCUCAGUUGCCAGCUCUUCAUCACACUUUUUAGAUGACUUUAAUUCAGAUUCUACUUCAUGUUCCUCUGCAAAUAGAAGUAGUCAUUAUCAAUUAUAUAUUAAUAAUUUCUGAGUUACCAAGUAUUAUAAUGCAUCAUAUCACAACAAACAACCUGAGGUGCUUUUGUCACUGGCCUAGUUGUUGGCUGUGGUACAAGUCAACAAGCCAGGUCUGCCACCAGCUGCAGACAAUAUUUGGAUUGGUGACCAAUAGACAUGAGCAAACCGUAACAUCCACAAAGUGCUUGAUGCAGUAUUUUUUUACAAUUUAAUAAACAUGCUCAAUGUAUUCUAUAUAUUGGUUAAGAAUUUAACUCUGCCGAAAUAAUGAUACAUAGCAGCAGCACUUACUUCCUUUUUCAACCCACACCUCCUCCUCACUACUGGAACUGGACUCACUGCUAUUACUUUUUGCUUUUUUCUUUUUAGCCUUCUUUCUUGCUUUCUUUACUUUUUUUAACUUCUUUUUCAAUUUUUUUAGUUUUUCUUUAGUGUCUUUGUCUUUAGACUUUUUAUUACUCUUUUUCUUUUCUUUAUUGCUUCUUGAGAGUUCAGGUUGUGUCUGCUCCUCCUCUGACCUAUUUAUAAACUAAAUUUAAUGUAACAAGAAUAGUUAUUUGUUUAGAACAACAUUGGAAAAUUGGAAAGAUAUUUAUUUUGUAAGUAGGUAAGCUACAAAAUAACACUUACAUGUCAAUGUAUGUCAGCCUCAUUUAGGUAAGUUAUUACCUAAAUGAGGCUGACAUAUCCUAACUGACUACUAUGAGAUGAUAUGCCAAACAAUGUUAGAGGUAUCUUUAAACUGCUGACAAAUAUAACAAAGCAUAAUCAUCAACAUCAACUAGUGAGCGGCCCCACCACAACUGAUGACCUUUGUAUCAGUGUCAUGUAAUUAGCACAUUUCUUUUUGUUUGCAGAUUUUAAUAAUAUAAGAUAGCAGCAGAAACUGUACAAUAUUCUAAAUAAAUAAUUUUGAACUCUGUAUGACUAUCUGUGUACUGUUACAAACAAUUGAUACCUAUUCCAUAAUUGCUUAUAGGUGGGACCAGAGCCCAUUUAAUUUUAUGCAAGUGACUUUAUUGUUGAGGUUGCAUAGCACUAGUGAAAAGCUCUUUGGUACAUUGCUAGGCAACUAACUGUUAGAAAAAUUUAAUGUCACUCGUGAAUAAAAAGAAGAUCAUGUCGAAUGUGUGCAAUAUAUAAAACUAAAUAAAUAAACAAAUAAUUUAAAUAUUUUGUAACCAAAUAAACCUAAAUUAUCGCUAUAAAGUGUCAGUGUUGUCAUACUAGAGAAAACCCCUACUAUCUAGCCGAAAUCUAA